CGGAGCCGCUGUAGCCUGUGAGCAGCGAGAUCUACGGACAGAGUCUCAGCCUCGCCGCUGCCGCCCGGAGACUGCUGAGCCCCCGUCCGUCCGCCGCCACCCACUCGGGACACAGAACAUCCAGUCAUGGAUAAAAAUGAGCUGGUGCAGAAGGCCAAACUGGCCGAGCAGGCUGAGCGAUAUGAUGACAUGGCAGCCUGCAUGAAGUCUGUAACUGAGCAAGGAGCUGAAUUAUCCAAUGAGGAGAGGAAUCUUCUCUCAGUUGCUUAUAAAAAUGUUGUAGGAGCCCGUAGGUCAUCUUGGAGGGUCGUCUCGAGUAUUGAGCAAAAGACGGAAGGUGCUGAGAAAAAACAGCAGAUGGCUCGAGAAUACAGAGAGAAAAUCGAGACCGAGCUAAGAGAUAUCUGCAAUGAUGUACUGUCUCUUUUGGAAAAGUUUUUGAUCCCCAAUGCUUCACAAGCAGAGAGCAAAGUCUUCUAUUUGAAAAUGAAAGGAGACUACUACCGUUACUUGGCAGAGGUUGCUGCUGGUGAUGACAAGAAAGGGAUUGUAGAUCAGUCACAACAAGCAUACCAAGAAGCUUUUGAAAUCAGCAAAAAGGAAAUGCAACCAACACAUCCUAUCAGAUUGGGUCUGGCCCUUAACUUCUCUGUGUUCUAUUACGAAAUUCUGAACUCCCCGGAGAAAGCUUGCUCUCUUGCAAAGACAGCUUUUGAUGAAGCCAUUGCUGAACUUGAUACAUUAAGUGAAGAGUCAUACAAAGACAGCACGCUAAUAAUGCAAUUACUGAGAGACAACUUGACAUUGUGGACAUCGGACACCCAAGGAGACGAAGCUGAAGCAGGAGAAGGAGGGGAAAAUUAACCGGCCUUCCAACUUUUUGUCUGCCUCAUUCUAAAUUUACACAGUAGACCAUUUGUCAUCCAUGCUGUCCCACAAAUAGUUUUUUGUUUACGAUUUAUGACAGGUUUAUGUUACUUCUAUUUGAAUUUCUAUAUUUCCCAUGUGGUUUUUAUGUUGAAUAUUAGGGGAGUAGAGCCAGUUAACAUUUAGGGAAUUAUCUGUUUUCAUCUUGAGGUGGCCAAUAUGGGGAUGUGGAAUUUUUAUACUAGUUAUAAAUGUUUGGCAUAGUACUUUUGGUACAUUGUGGCUUCACAAGGGCCAGUGUUAAAACUGCUUCCAUGUCUAAGCAAAGAAAACUGCCUACAUAUUGGUUUGUCCUGGUAGGGAAUAAAAGGGAUACUUGGUUCCAGAUACAGGUGUAGUUUUUGUGGGUACUUUAAGGUUUGGAGCACUUAUGAGGCUGUAGUAGAAAUGGGUAUUCUGUAGAUACCGUGUAUGGAACCAUGAGAAUCUGUGGAAUACUCAACUCUCAGUGUGCACACCUUUGAUUACAGUUGCAGAAGUGUUCCUUUAGUUGUGACCCAAUUUACUCUGGAUAAGGGCAGAAACGGUUCACAUUCCAUUAUUUGUAAAGUUACCUGCUGUUUGCUUUCAUUAUUUUUGCUACACUCCUUUUAUUUGUAUUUAAAUGUUUUAGGCAACCUAAGAACAAAUGUACAAGUAAAGAUGCAGUAAAAAUGAAUUGCUUGAUAUCCAUUACUUUAUGUGUAUCAAGCACAGCAGCAAAAUAAAAAUCCCAUGUAUUUAACUUUU